CGCAAGGAACACUGGGACAUUUAGUUCGACUGCGGUGUAAUAAAACAGACAGCAGCGAGACAGCAAACUACAGUCUGAUAUCCUGGUUUUAGGAGACGUUCAGAGUCUCCAGUUUGACAACAAGACUGAGAAAGUGAAGACCGGCAUUUUCUGCUGUAUUACAUCGUGCAGUCUGGGAUUACAGGGCGGUGUUAUUAUGGGAGACAGAGUUUGCAAUGGGACGCACAACAAGAAGGCUCUGCUUUCAGACCCUCAGCUGUUUGAAGACCAGUUUGAGGAGCUUGUCACAGAGCUCACAGAGAGAGACUUUACAGAUCCCGUGCUGGCAGACGCAUUGAAAAGACUGAGAGAGGUUUUGGUAUACAACACUCCUGGAGGAAAGAGGAACCGAGGCCUGUCUGUGAUUGGCUCACUCAGGGAGCUUGUCCCGCCCUCCCAGCUUACCCAGGACACAGUGCAGCGGGCUCUGUUGGUCGGCUGGUGCAUUGAACUGCUUCAAGCAUUUUUCCUCGUGGCAGAUGACAUCAUGGAUGGAUCUGUGACUCGGAGAGGGCAACCCUGCUGGUACAAGAAGGAUGGAAUAGGUCUGGAUGCCAUUAAUGAUUCCUUUCUAUUAGAGGGGUCAAUCUACAGACUGCUUCGCAGAUAUUGCAGGGAUCAGCCCUACUAUGUUCACCUCCUGGAGCUGUUCAACGAAGUCACUUUCCAGACAGAACUCGGUCAGGCUCUGGAUCUCAUGACUGCUCCACCUACACAAAUUGACCUCAACAGAUUCACCAUCGAAAGGUAUAAAGCAAUUGUAAAAUACAAGACUGCCUUUUACUCAUUUUACCUCCCAGUGGCAGCUGCAAUGUAUAUGGCAGGAAUCAGCAGUGAAGAAGAGCACAACAACGCCAAGCACAUCUUACUUGAGAUGGGGGAGUUCUUUCAAAUACAAGAUGAUUACUUGGACUGUUACGGUGACCCUGCUGUGACAGGAAAGAUUGGCACAGACAUUCAGGACAACAAAUGCAGCUGGCUGGUAGUGACGGCCUUGGAAAUCAUGACUCCUAAGCAGAGAGAAGAGCUGGAGGGAUGUUAUGGACAACAUGAUGAAGCCAGUGUGGAAAAGGUCAAAGCACUGUACAACAGCCUGCAGAUGCCAUCAUUGUACCAAAAAUAUGAAGAGGAAAGCUACCAGCGCCUACAGAAACUCAUCGCCAGCCACGCACAAAAUCUUCCUCAUUCUGUUUUCCUCAAUUUUGCCAAAAAAAUCUACAAGAGAAACAAGUGAGAUGGCUUGCUGCUUUGUAGAAAAUAUGUUAACAGCAUCAAAUACAUAAGUCUGGUGACUCGUAUGAAUAUGCACAAUCAGGUCCUCUCUUAUUUAAGUAAUGUGUUUCAGACUUCAGCAGUGUAACCCAGUCAGGACUUUGACUGUUUAACAGACGAUGUCCUCUGUCAGAGGAAUCUGACUGAUAGAAGGAUAACUUUGGAGUGAAUCACAAAGGGUCUGAUUUAACUUCAGUCUUUGCCUGAACUGAGGAACACAUGAGAGGGAUGAUAGAUUAAUGUUUUUUUUUGAUUGCAUAAUAAAUGGGGCAGCA